AUGCCACAGAGUCGAGUGGGCGCCUACCUGGGUCUCGCCGCUGUCGGUGCAGGCGGGUACUACCUCUACCGAGCGGGCGGGGAUGUAAAGGGUGCAGGGAAAGCGAUGCAAAUUGACGCGGACAAAGCGCGCGAGAAGCUUCCCCGCGGCGAAAGUGCACAGAAAGCGGGACAAAGUGCCGGAAAGGAAGCCGGAGCUGUUGUUGAUGAAGCGAUUGACAACGCCCGAUCCACAUUCAAGCUUGAUGAGAGGAUUCCCGAGUUGAAGCAGAAUGGAAAGGAGAAGUUGGACGAAGGAAAGAAGCAGAUUGAUGGCCUUCGAAAAGAUACAAAGGAUAGAGUCUCGUCGGAGAUUGAUAAGUUGGAUCGCAAUGUUGAGGAGAAGGCUGCUGAGGCGAAGGGGACGGUCUCUGGUUGGUUCGGUGGAAAGAAAUAG